AUGUCCCAGAGGAAUGAGGAAGCCAUUGUCUUUGCACUUGAGAGCUGGCUCCAGGUCGGAGUGGCAGGUGGCAGAGGCAGCUCGCUGGCCCCUAACGGAUCUUCAUCCCCUCCAGCCUUGAGAAUCCCGCUCCGUGGCGACAACUCCGUGCAGGCGGCAUUGUCCCUGCUGCCCACAGAGCUGCAAUUCAGGGCCUGUGCUCAGCCCUGCCAAGCUCCCGGAGAGCUCUGGAUCCUGCCCGAGUGGUCAUCAGCUUCCAGUGCCAGCCGUGUGAAAAGAGGCCACUUUACAUUUGAUACAAAGCGUCAGCCGGUCUCAUUCACGGCGCCCAGAACAUGCUAA